GGGCGGGCGGGCGCGGAGCCUCCAAGAUGCCGUUCCACCCGGUGACGGCGGCGUUGAUGUACCGGGGCAUCUACACCGUGCCCAACCUGCUGUCGGAGCAGCGCCCGGUGGACAUCCCUGAGGACGAGCUGGAGGAGAUCCGAGAGGCCUUCAAGGUGUUCGACCGGGAUGGCAACGGCUUCAUCUCUAAGCAGGAGCUCGGCACAGCCAUGCGGUCCCUGGGCUACAUGCCUAACGAGGUGGAGCUGGAGGUGAUCAUCCAGCGCCUGGACAUGGACGGUGAUGGCCAAGUGGACUUUGAGGAGUUUGUAACCCUCCUGGGACCCAAGCUUUCCACCUCGGGGAUCCCAGAGAAGUUCCACGGCACUGACUUUGACACCGUCUUCUGGAAGUGUGACAUGCAGAAGCUGACCGUGGACGAGCUGAAGCGGCUUCUCUACGACACGUUCUGCGAGCACCUGUCCAUGAAGGACAUAGAGAACAUCAUCAUGACGGAGGAGGAGAGCCACCUUGGCACGGCCGAGGAGUGCCCUGUGGACGUGGACACCUGUUCCAACCAGCAGAUCCGCCAGACGUGCGUGCGCAAGAGCCUGAUCUGCGCCUUCGCCAUCGCCUUCAUCAUCAGUGUCAUGCUCAUCGCAGCCAACCAGGUGCUGCGCAGUGGCAUGAAAUAGGCACCACAUGGUUGCCCACCCGGUACAUGUGGUGCCCAGGCCCACCUGACACCUACCGCUGCCUGCAGCCCUUCCCCCAGCUUGCUCCCUGGGCCACCACCCACGGGCACUUCGAGCCUGGACAUUGCCCACCCCAAUCCUCACCCCGUAGGCCUUGCAUGGAGCCGUGGCCCAGCUGUGGAGGACCUGCUGGCGGCUCUGAGGACAGCCCUAGCCCCUGUACCCUGCCUGUGCUCUCACCUGGCCUGUAUGUAGCGUUAACUUCCCACCACCCAGGAGCUCCUGGGAAGGGCGGGACUUGCACAGGAGCCCCCGGGAUCUAGUUAGGACUGUGGUCUCCUAGGCUGGUGAGAAACUCCUGUCCAGAGCUGUGGGACGGAUGGAGGUGGGCACAAGUCUGGGGCUCCUGGGUCCCUUCGUCUGACACUCCUUAGACCAAAAGCCAGGCCGCCCAGGUACCCUCUGGGGCCUGUCCCUGCCCAUUUACAAGUGAGGAGCCCGAGGCUUUGAGGGCCUGAGAUCUGGCUUCAGAUUCUUCUUCCACAGGCUUUUCAGAAAAGGCAGAUACUUGUGCAAGGAUGGGCAUCACAGAUAAGCCCAAGGCCCAUGAGUUUCUGAGCCAAAGUCCUAGAGUUCAAAGGCCAAGGUGUCUCCCAGCACAGAACCUAGAAACCCAACUGAGGAGAAGAGCAGUUUCUGCAGCCCAUGUGACUUGCCCACUGGCCAGGGUGCCCCCUCAGGAGGCCCCGGGCCACUUUCUAGGGAACGGACUCCCAUGAGGAUCUGGCGCAGGCCUGCACUGUCAGUGCCAACAGACC